CUCCAAGGUGAUGCACGAAACAUCAGGGCUUCAGGCUUCGGUGCGCAUGCGCGAUAACGCCAUCAGCACGCGACAGUAGCGAGAGUAUAAAAGAGCAGACGACACAUAAGAGAGGAGAUUUCAGCAUGACAGUUGGAGAAGGAUUUAAAGUGAUUGUAUGAAUACAGAAGGUGUAUAUAGAGGAGAUAUUGUUCUUGUGAACGCUGAGUGUAUAUUUUGGCUGUGAUACGGGACAGAAACAAAGAUGGGGAACGCUUCAUCGAUUGAACCCUCCAAGACAGUUUAUCUUGACAUUAAUGGAAAACAAGAGAAGAUCGUGUUCAGCCGGCACUGCAGUGCACGUGACAUACAGGAACUCAUAGCACAAACAGCGGGAGUAACCAGCAACGCCACCAUCACCGUAAAAGACGUAAAUGGAGCUCACAUUUCAGUGUCGUCAGCGAUGCCGUCCAAUACAGCAACAAACUCUUACCAAGUGACGAUAAAGGAGCCCCAGGUGCAACAAACUGGAGAAACAGAACUGUUCCAAACUGUCCUGGCCACGGUGGCAGAGCAACUGAACAGGGUCUUCAGGAUGGAGGAGCUCAAAACGGAACUGAACCAGAGACUGAACGUCAUCGAGAAGCGCAUGGAAAUAGUGGAGGGACUUAAAGCUGUGGAGAUAGAGAAGUGCAAGCGAGACAUCUCCGAUAUCAAGGACCAGAUCUGGAACGCACAGAAGAAGUACGUUGACUUGAACAAAAUGAGUUAUUUGAGCGACGAAAAGAAAAUCAGCUUGAAGAGAGAUGUUCCCACAUAUCCGAAGUACACACUAUCCCAGGAGACAGUGGAUUACCUGAAACAGCCGACAUUCGACAUGUGGCAUUGGGAGCCUAACGAGAUGCUGAGCCUGUUGGAGCACAUGUACCAUGAGCUGGGCCUGGUGAAGGAGUUCAGCAUCAACCCCAUCACCCUCAAGAGGUGGCUGCUGUGUGUGCAGGAGAACUAUCGGAACAACCCGUUCCACAACUUCCGCCACUGUUUCUGCGUGUCCCAGAUGAUGUACGGGAUGAUCCAGCUGUGUCGACUAUGGGACCACAUGGCCAGGGAGGAUCUGGGUAUCCUGCUGACUGCAGCAGUCUGCCACGAUCUCGAUCACCCCGGAUACAACAACACAUAUCAAAUCAACGCCCGCACCGAGCUGGCCAUCCGAUACAAUGAUAUCUCCCCCUUGGAGAAUCACCACUGUGCCGUCGCUUUCCAGAUACUCUCAAACCCAGAGUGUAACAUCUUCGCUAACGUGGACAAGGACACGUUUAAGAGGAUACGGGCGGGAAUCACAAUGCUGAUUCUGGCGACAGACAUGGCUCGUCACGCGGAGAUCAUGGAGAGCUUCAAGGAGAAGCUGGCACAGGGGUUCGACUACAAGCAGAAAGAUAACCUAGACACGCUGAAGAUGGUGCUGAUCAAGUGCUGUGAUAUAUCCAAUGAGGUGCGGCCUAUGGAGGUGUCGGAACCUUGGGUAGACUGCCUUCUGGAAGAGUAUUUCAACCAGUCCGACCGAGAGAAGAUGGAGGGACUUCCGGUCGCGCCUUUCAUGGACCGGGACAAGGUCACCAAGCCAACUGCCCAGAUUGGCUUCAUUAAGUUCGUCCUGAUUCCAAUGUUUGAAACGGUUUCCAAGUUGUUCAACGCUAUCAAUGACGUCAUGGUGAUGCCCCUAAAAAAUGCUAAGGAUAGAUACGAGGCUAUGAAGUCUGCUGAGGAUGCUCAGAAGGAGUUUGUUACAGAAGAGUUAGCAAGACCCCCACGCGCUUCGACAUUAGUAGCGGCGUCGUCCCUCGUCAGACGAGCUCACCUUAACGUGCCUCUACGUCGUGUCACGUGACUUCCUGUCACCUUGCUCUACCGUCAAGGACUUAUCAACGGAGGAAGGAGGAUGUAUAUGGACGAGACUUACAAUCAGCAAGGAGGUAUUUGCGAACUGGUCUGCAGGGAUGGUUGUUAUACGAUAAGUCAAUGUUUAAAGCAACAAAGGCAAACCACGUACGGUGGAACACCGUCAAGGAUUUUACUUGAAACAAGAG